UCAUUUGAUUGAUUUGACUUUACUCGACAGUCUUCAUUAAUUUAAUUAAGUUUCCUAAAUGUCUAUAAACAGUUUAAGGCAUAAGAGCUUAUCAUUAAGUGCCAACAAGUUAAUUACACGCUAUUUCACAACAAAUCUUCCAAAUGAUGUUAAAAUAAUCCAGGAUUUAGUCAGAAAGUUCACAAAUGAAGAGCUCAGACCAGAAGUUGUGGCUAAAAAUGACCGAGAAUCAAGGUUUCCAACAGAACAAAUUGAAAAACUUGGUGACAUGGGAUUCAUGGGAGUCAGUGCAGCUGCUGAGUUUGGUGGUUCCAAUAUGAACAUUUUAAGUCUGUCUGUAAUUGUUGAGGAACUAUCUCGAGGAUGUGCAAGUGUCGGUGCUAUAGUCUCAAUCCACAAUUGCCUUUAUGCUAAUCUAUUAAGUCGAAUAGGAACUCAGGAACAAAAGGAGAAAUGGCUGAGAGAAUACACGACAGGAAAGAAGAUUGGUGCCUUUGCAUUAAGUGAAAUGGAGGCGGGUAGCGAUGUUUCAGCAAUUUCGACAACAGCACGUAAAGAUGGUGAUUAUUACGUGCUAAAUGGAAGUAAAGCAUGGGUAACGUCAGGAACAGAAGCUGGUGCAUCAAUAGUCUUUGCGACAAUCGAUAAAGGUCAAAAGCAUAAAGGAAUUGCAGCUUUUCUAGUCAGUAUGAAUCAAGAAGGUGUUCAGCGUGGCAGGAAUGAAAGAAAAAUUGGAAUUAAAGCCACAUCGACCAUUUCCAUGACUUUGACUGAUGUCCGUGUUCAUUCCGAUGAUGUUUUAUGUCUUCCUGGGAAAGGAUUUAAAGUAGCGAUGGAACAAUUAGAUGUAGCAAGAGUUGGAAUUGCCAGCCAAGCACUUGGUAUCGCUCAAGCAUCAUUGGAUACAGCUGUACAUUAUGCAUCACAACGCAUUGCAUUUGACAGUCCAAUUUUAAAAAUGUCAUCUGUAAAGAGAAGACUAGCUGAAAUGGCAUUAGAAAUUGAGUCAUCAAGAUUGUUGGUUCGACAAGCAGCACAAAAGAAAGAUCAAAAUUUAAAGUCCACAAAGCACACAUCAAUGGCUAAGUGGAAGGCAAGCACAACAGCAACAUUCUGCGCUCACAACUGUAUACAAAUUAUGGGUGGCAUGGGAGUUAUUGAGGAUCUACCGGCUGAACGUUAUUAUCGGGAUGCAAGAAUUACUGAAAUUUAUGGCGGUGUCACGGACGUACAAAUGAUGAUCGUAGCUGAACAAUUGGCUAAAGAAUAUGGACUGUAAAGAAUGCAGGCUUCAUGUUUUAUUCAUUUUUUAAUCUCUGACUUUUAACAUUUUAUUUACGACGGUAUUAAUGCUAAAAAGUAAGGUUCAGGCAGUGCUGGUGAUGUUGAUAUAUCAGGGGUUCGUUCAUGAAUGAUGUGUGCCAAUAAAUGAGAACGUUUAAAGGUUUAAAAACAUUUGCUGACUUACUUCAUUCACGAAAGACCCUCAAAUUCAAAGUAAAUAUUUUUUUAUCUCAAAUUCUUUAUAACAAGGUACAAUCAACAAAAUAAAUUUAUUAUAUCUCCAAA